GGAUUUCAUCACAUCAGACUAAGUUAGAUCCUUUAAAAUGUCUUUGUCAGACAUGAUUUUCUAGCCAGGAAGCUGGAGGGAAGAGCUGUGUUUCUACUGCUUUGAGUGCUGUUAGGGAGAUUGUGAUUGUAACCCUUUUUGUCCUUCUUAGGAGUUUUUAGGCUAGGAUUGUAUUCUGUUUAUGUCGUCGUCGUCGACAGCUCUGUUGUUGUUUUGUUUUUGAAGUGGUUGGACGCAAGUGCAACCACAUAGUUUUUUCCGGGAUUGUGUUUUUAUAACUGUGAAUAGUAUUCUAAACAGCAGCUGAAAACUGGCAUCCCUGUGAAUUCUUUGGGGAAAAUACAUGUCAUAUUCAUUUUCACAAUGUACACUGUGCAGUUGAAUUAUGUGGAUGUCUGAGCCUGUUACAGUAGAGGCUACUGGUGUGUGUAUAUACCGUAGGCCUAAUAUUAGACCAGGUAAAAGGAAUGUCCCAGCAGACCUGACUCCACUGGGACUUGUGUACCUUCAUCAAACAUAGCUGGGCAGCUCAUGCUCACUGAAGUGGCAAAACUUCUGUGGUCUGCCUGACAAUAAUUAAACUGAAAAUUGGUUUAACAUGUCUGUGAGGCUACAAGAACAAGGCAAAGUGUCUUCACUUGUCUCCUUUACCAAUUUUUUUUUCAUUUAAAAUAUGUUUACACAGAACAUAGACUAAUUUAUGCUUUAACUUCUGCAUAGUCCUCAUUACCUCAGAGCAGCUGACCUGUCCUUGUGCAAAAGUUAGCGAGCUUUCCUCUCCUGGGUCUUGACUCCUUUGCCUCUUUAAAUGAUUAACCCACUGAGAGCUUGGCUCUGUCAUACCCCCAGCGGACUUGCAGUGAUUUUGGAAACUCCCAUGUCUCCACGGUCUUCUCUUCAGUGAUGUGUUGACUCUCCUUUUUCAGUGGGGUCAAACACUUGUGACGGGUGGCUUAUUGAUUCCUGGACAUUCCUUUCCUGUCUGGAUACAAGAAGCUUUGUUUGAGUAAAUUGGGUUUGCAUGACAAGACAGAGUGAGGGAUGGAAACAAAGGCUCUGCAUGUUUAGACUCACGGUGCACGGUGGUGAUGAUCUCAGGUUGGACGAAGCACUGCCGAGGGGAACAUCCAAGUGGCUGCUGCAUCUCUUUCUUUUUAUCACCACUUAAUGUUUGGAACUAAAGAACGUGAAAUACUGACUCUGGAUUACAUUUGGAUUCAAAAUUCAACGGAAAAAAGAUGGAGCAGUAUCUGUUGUUUGAAGAAUUGAAUGGGGAGUUCAGACUGUGAAGCUCAGGUUAUCAAUAUGGAUACCUUCAGAAACAAGAAAAAUCCUUGGGCACUUUAUGAGACAGAGGUGCCACACAGCAGAUUUUGCCAUCCCGCCAGUGGAGUCAGCCCUGCAGAGAAACUGAGCCCCGAGCACCUGAAGCUGCUGAGAAAUGCGUUCACCGCUCCAAAAGCUGGGGAGCAGACGCACGACGACAGGCUGCGUGGAAGGAGUAGAAAGAACCGAGGAGGAAAUGACGAGCGUGGAAUGAAGUUUGAAGAGUUCCGGGAGGUUCUGAGGACGGUGAUCAGUCCAGAUAUUGAGGACAAAUGGGUUGAGAGAUUUUUCAGUGAGGUAGAUAUCAGCUGUACAGGACAGGUGAGGUGGCAGCAGCUGUGUUCAUACCUGCUUCUGGAGUACACUGAAAGAGAGCGCGCCUCCAUCCCCACAGCUGCUCUCUUGGACUCGCAGUCCCAGAUCAGACACUGCGCUCACAACAAGCGAGAGCCAACAGUGCGUGUGGUUGCCGUCUCCCACCCUCCUCCACUCCGCUAUGUAAGUGUCAGUAAGGGGGGUCAAAUCACCGUCUGGAACAGCAGCCUACACAUCCUCAAAACUCUCGGGCUCGCUGGAGACCCAACAGAGGAAGUGGCCAACACAAGAAGGUUCAGAGGCUGGACCACUGAUGCGGUGUACAUGGGCAAUGUCCACAUGGUUGCCAUAGCAACCGACUCCAGGGAUCUGCACUUUGUCAAUGUCUCAACAGCCAGUGUAUUUGAGGAUGUCCACCUAUUUGGGUUCCGCAGUGUCCCCACUGCUCUUUGUUACUGGCAUGAUGUCAAGCGUCCAGAGCGUUCCCCUCUGCUGCUACUGGGGGAUGAAAAGGGAGGAGUCCACCUGAUGUGGUUCCUGGACCCCUCUAAAGGUCUAUUUAAGAAUCCCUCCAAAAAACAGAAUGGCCCGCACAGGAUCUUUUUCCCAGACCUAAGUGAACACAGCAAGAUGGUCUCCCACCGUUACAUCCCUAACGUCCACCAGGAACCAAUCAACAGAGUGAUGUUUGAGCCCAGUACGGACGUCAUCAUGACAUCAUCUGAAAGUGACACCAGCUCUGUGGUCUUUUUGAACGUGACUCUGAAGCGGGAGCCGUACGUUUGGAAAAUGAAUCAGGGGGCCAAAUGUUUUGACUACAGUACAUCUCUGCAGUUGAUGGUCACGGGAGGUUGUGACCGAGCAGUCAGACUGUGGACUCGGUUCGUGACCACACGUCCUGUAGCCACACUGCUCGGUCACUGCGCCACUAUAUUGGAUGUUGCAAUCUACUCACCCGUUGGGCAGAUCUUCAGUUACUCUAGAGAUGCUGAGUUGAGGGUUUGGGACAUUUCUACACAUCACUGUCUGAAAACUGUCCGUCUGCAGUUCCCAUGCCAGCAGCCAGGUCGAAUCCCAGAACAUGGCAACUUCCCUUUCCUGUUUCUGAGCCCUCCUCUUCCUGCAGAGACACAGCCUCAUUUAGUGGUGGGAUGCAAAGACUACCUGGCAGUUCUCUAUCUGGCGGAAACGAGAAGAGGACCGGGUGGAUGGUCGACGAAUGAAGACCGGGAAACUGGACCGGAAAUUGGUCCGACCCUCUCCUGUGCUCUGUACAACCCCACCCUGAGACAGGUGGUGACCGGAUAUGCGGACUCAUCUGUGUCUCUGUGGGAUGUAGAGACAGGAAGUAGGCGGCUUCAGAUCCUAAAUGCUCAUGGAGAAGAUGAACUCAUCUGUAUGACACUAGACUCCUCCCACAGAAGACUGAUCACUGGGGCUCGCAGCGGCACUAUUAAGGUGUGGAACCUACUGAAUGGCCUUAACCUGCACAAGCUGGAGCCUGUCACCAACUCUGAAGUAACCAGGUUGACCUGUCUCCAUGACAACAAGCUGCUGGCUGUGGGAUGGAGCCAGCGGAUCAUUCAGUAUGACAUUGGCGCAGCAAAGGACUUGUAUGUGAGGGCAGACAUGUCAUGGAAGUCGGCCGGUGUCCAUAAGUCAGAUAUCCUGGCUGUGUGUCAGUGCUCUGCUAUGGGGGUUGUUGCCACGGCGAGCCAUGAUGGAGAGAUCAUCAUCUGGAGGCUGGAGACACAAGGACCACUGCUUCACUUGGAGAGAAAGAGACAGGCAGGAGUGGUGCCCCCUGUGGACACCCUCUUGUUCCUGCAGCAUCGAGCUGCAAACAGAAAGCUGCGGAACAGAGGUGUCCUGGUGUCAUCGCAGGCUGGCUGUCUGUCCUUCUGGAGUAUCACUGGGCAGACACACACCUAUGGUCAGUUUUAUGCUCCAGAGCAGCCAGGCGUGCGUGUGCUGAGCCUGAGCUCAGAUCAACCUGCAAACACCAUCCUGGUCUCUGGAGACACGACGGGCUGGCUUCAGAUCUGGGAUAUUUCUCACUAUGCGCUGGACAUCCAACACGAAUCAGUUUGUGAACGGCCUGCUCUGCUACAGUGUUGGAAGGCGCAUGAGAGAGGAGUAGUGAGUGUGGAAGUCCUGGAGGUGGCUGACAGACUGUUUGUCCUCUCGGCCUCGGCCGACGGUUCUGCUGGACUGUGGACAGAGGACGGAGGUCACGUGGGAUCUCUUGGACAGGAGGUGAUGUGGAAUAUCACUGAUGCAGCUGCGCACCAGAGGGAGAUACAGAACAACCUGAGGGAAGAAACUGAUGAGGAGGGGAGGUGUGACGGCAGCAACUUCACACGUCAACGAACUUCACAGGAAGAAAGCGGUUGUGAAGCUUCAUCCGCCAGCCCAGCAGACCAGGAGCAACCUCAGCAACCCAUGUAUCUGUGUGAGGACUUCUGCCAGACGGCAGCUCCAUGUUGCGAGAGGGGCUGCCUGUUUGAUGACACGGAUCACAGCUAUCACUGUUGAUUGGCUGAGUCUGCCGCGUCAAACUCCGGUCCUGCAGCUUCUUCAUCCUCUCUCUGUCUUCUAUUUCCAACUGUGACCUUGUCCCCUUCGUCCUGUGCAUUGUGCUGCCAGACUGUGCAGUGGUGGCCCAGACAUUGGAAGAGGCUUUUCCUGUGGCUCUCAAUUCAGCUCACUGUUGUGGAAGAUGUUUUCCUGGAGGAAGAAUGUUAGAAAUGCCUUUUAUUUUUACUGCUUUGAAAACCACAUGCUACAUGUUGUAUGGGGGGAAAAAAUGUUGAAUUUGGAGUUUAAAAAUUCUUUCCUUCAUUUCUUUCCUCUUUUUUUACUUAUUGCUUUU